CCGAGAAUGACGGAGGGAAAUAAACACAGGGAAAAUGGCCCCGGGGCGCGGCGAAGGGGUGGGGGUGUGCGUGUUUGUGGUGGGGCGGGCGGGGGCUGGGCCGCUUCCCACCGAGGGGGAAGCUUUGCGCGCCGGCUCCCGCCCAGCGUCCCGGGGCCGCCUCGCUUCUCGUUUCGGCCACAGCCGCCACAUGAAACUCAGCUUCUCUUUGCCAGAAGUGCUUUCAGCUUUCGCACUGGCCUGAUGGAAGAUGCUUACCACUUGGCUCUUUUGAAGGUGAGGGAGAUCUGUACGUCUCCUCCCUGCAGCCUACAGGGGUUUCCACACCUUGGUGAAGGUAUACUGGACAAGUGUUGACUUGAAAGCUGCUUUUAGGAUGUCUGAAGAUGAUGAAAAAGUUAAACUCCGUCGAAUUGAACCUGCCAUUCAGAAAUUCAUUAAAGUGGCCAUUCCAACAGAUUUGGAAAGGUUAAGAAAACACCAAAUAAAUAUUGAGAAGUAUCAGAGAUGCAGGCUCUGGGACAGAUUGCACGAAGAGCACAUUAACGCAGGACGAACAGUUCAGCAACUCCGUGCCAAUAUGAGAGAGAUGGAGAAACUCUGUCUGCAAGUCCGACAGGAAGACAUCCCGGUUCUGCAGAGAAUGAUAAGUCCUGUUAAAGAGGAAGCUUCAUUUGCCAUCAAAGACUUCCUGCAGCUCCAUUCUGAAUCUGCAGAAGAACUUAAAAGGCAACUCGAAGGACAGGAGGAUGCCUCUUUAACCAGAUCUGCAACUGUAGGAGGAGAAACUUUAUAUAACAUGGAGGUGAAGGAUGGCUCGCAAAGUUUAAUCCAGAUCUACUCCCGCCUUCCUAAAAUACCUCAGGAAGAAAAUGCAGCCGAGUCCUGGGAAACUUUAGAAGAGGACUUGAUUCAGCUUAGCCAGUUGGUGACUGAUUUUUCUCUCUUAGUCAAUUCUCAGCAGGAGAAGAUUGACAGGAUUGAAGACCAUGUCAACAGUGCUGCUGUGAAUGUUGAAGAGGGAACCAAAAACUUGGGGAAGGCUGCAAAAUACAAGCUGGCAGCUCUGCCUGUGGCAGGUGCAGUCAUUGGUGGAGUAGUGGGGGGUCCUAUUGGUCUCCUUGCAGGCUUCAAAGUGGCAGGAAUUGCAGCUGCACUUGGUGGUGGGAUUUUGGGUUUCACAGGUGGAAAAUUGAUACAGAGAAGAAAACAAAAAAUGAUUGAGCAGGUCUCUUCCAGCUGUCCAGAGCUUUCUCGCCAAAGUGCCAAAAAAUCCAGCUGAAGUACAGAUUCAUUAUGGCCAGGAACAAAACCAUAGUAGCCAUGCUAAUGACAGACUUGCAGCCUUAUGCUUUAAAUACAAGGCUGAGUUGUGUGAAUUUUGACAACGGUACUGUUACUUGGGAGGGGUGAAACAAUAAUGUCAGAAUUUCUCUUUCAAGAUGUGGUGACGUCAGUCCUUUCAAAAUUAUAUGGAUAACUUUUAAUUAUAAAAUUCUUAGGUGAGCUGUACGCACAGCUGUAACGGUGAGUGACAGGUGCUUCAUGCCAAAUUUGCACAAAGCGUCUCGCAGACAAUACAAAGACAGAUAUUUGGAAAACCCUAGUGCUUACCCAUGAAUGCCACCCGGAAGCUGGAGCUUUCAUUACAGUGCUCCAAAGAAAAGGCAAUAAGCUCCAUCUUUCUGUUGUGACCAUAGUACUUUAAUUUAUCUGGAUUCCCAAACUCCCCCUGUGCAUGGCCCCGGGACACGACUGACUGUGCCUGGCCACUAACACGCAGGGAGGUGUUAGCUGCCAUAAGAAAAGGUGAAAACGUUGGGUGAGCAAUGUGGAAAAAACCCCUUUCUGUAUAUCUCAGAUCAGCAUAAUGAGCAGCUUUUCCCUUUUUGGGUACUUUUUUUAAUUUGUAAACUCUUCAUCUGAUUCAAAGUGUAGUUAAGAAUGAAACAGUCUGGGCAGCAACCCUGCAGAACCACUACUGGAGAAUAAUAAUUUUCCAUGGCUGUUCAUCUCCGUGGCUUGUCCUGAGAACACUGUACAUGAUGAAGUGCCAGGCUCUGGCAUUUUGAGCUUGAAGCCUCACCUUAAGCAGCACUUACUGCUAGACGUUGCCCUUGCUCCUCCUGUCACCGCCAGCGCUCGGGUGGGAGAGCUAAGCGGCGCCGCAGGCCCGCAGCCAGGCCCGCAGCCAGGCCCGCUCCCUCGCUAGGCCUUUACUGUCCCUCAGGGGUGGCCUCAGGCGCCAGGUCAGGGGAUGGUGAAGCAGCGAGGCCCUUUCAACGGUGCCCACGGAGGACACCGCCCGGCGAGGGGACUGCUUUGGACGCGUCAGCCCCACGCUGUUAACAGUGGGGAAACCACGCUCGGCCGGGCCGGCUGCGCGCCGCCCGCCCGCUGUUCGGUUCCAGGUCUGCUCCCACCCGCGCUGCAGAGCAGCUCCUCAGCCUUUGCAAGAUGUUGGGACGCGCUGUGGAGCCUGGUUGGGGCGAGAUGCUGUUCAUGCUUUUGCUAGCUUUUUAUAGCUUUUUUAUAUUCUUACCAUCCUUGUUUUGCUGCUCAAGAAGCCUUUUGCUUCUGAAACUUCCGUUGUUAAAUACGGACGCGGUAACGUGUUUUUAUUGUCACAUAAUUGUCCUAGUAUCACAAAACCUACAGUUCAGCACAUGGUCCUACCUCCGUCCUGCCAGGACAGUUCCCACGCUAUUGCUGCUGCUGUUCGGGGGGAACAGAAAUUGAGGUUGGGAAGCUGCUUUUUAAAGUUUUUAGAUUGUUGAGUUCAUGCUAAGCUCUGCUUCAGUCCAGUUUUAUGAGGUGAAUGCUGAAGGCAGUGUUUAGUGAUAAGGCUCCUUAGCAGGGAGCACUGGAUAAGGAAGCACACUUUGGAAAGAGAUCCAUUCUAACCAGUACUUCGAUACUGACAUUGGAAAUGACUGUCUACUCAUGACAGAUGAUAGGUUUUUGUGCCUACAGGCACUUUAAGCAACUGUUAGUUACAGCACAAAUACCUUUUUCUGAGCAGCUCUUCCUUAUUACUUCUCAAAUAUGAUUGAAAUUGCUAUUAGUCAGAGCAUUGUGUCUAUUUUAAGUAGGUCUGAGGCUCAGGGAAGCAAUGUGUACGAGAAUAGUUUUCACAGGUAAUCGUGAACAUUGUCAAAACUGCAUGUGUUAAAGCCAGAGUGCCUACAUCUGUAAAAUCAGCUGGAGUGGAAAACAUGACCCAAGUAAUUCAGCUCAUUUGCUCCUGUCAGGAAAAAAAGUGCUUUUCUUUAAAUACAUCUACUUUGGAUGUAAACACAUUUAAUGAGCUUGUAACAACUUCAUACUAAGGCUGUUUGUUCCUUUGAUAAUGUAAUUUCUGCAUUUAAAGGAAGAAACUAAGAAAAAAAAAAAAGUGUUCUUAAUCAGAAACUGUGGUUGGUUCUUUGUACAAUUUUAAAAAGCUAUGUCUGCCUUCCUACUGUAUGCUUUGAAACCUUGUGCAUUUAAAUGACAGCAGCCACAUCACAGACAUUGUGGGCUCCACCUAAUGCCAGGACAAUCUAAAUUCAGCAAACUGAAUUCCUGCCACAGCUUAUACCAAUUCCGCUUGGUAAGCACUCAUUUUAUAAAAUGUCUAGCACAAAAACUAUUCUUCCACCCCACAUCUUUAAGGAAGCAAUUUCAAAACAUUGUGUACGUACUUUGACUUGGGAGACUAUUAUUUAAACUACGACUUUUUUUUAAAUAGGUGGGUUAUUUACAUAUGUGAAAACACAAGGGCAUCUGAGUAACCAAACUAGCAUUUAAAUUGCUAGGCGUGUUAGAAGAACUGUAAGCUACAAAUAAUUCUUUCAGACCAAAUAAAAGUUUUUGCCUAUGA